AUUAUUAAUAAAUAAAUUAUGACCACAUAGUUUCCCAGGCCAGGCGAGCGCAUCCAAGUUCCAACUGAGAAGGACAGCAAACAGUCAAAGACCCAGCAGAGCACAUGCAGUGAUCCCAAAUCGAAAUUGAGCAAGCCGAGUGACUGAGAGAGAGAGAGAGUCCGAAAGAGAGUGGAGGGAGAGGGAGAUCUCCCUUCUUUUCCAUCCUUUCGCUCUCAGAUUUUCCAUCAUCAAUGGCCGAUGAACCUUCCGUCACUCGCUGGAGCUUUCAGGAUUUCAAAAUCAAAUAUGAUGCCAAGUUCGGAAGAAAGAAAGCACCAGACUCCGAAAAUGGCAGCUCAACCAACGCCGAUAGAGCAGUCCCCAAUGGGAAUUCUUCUGGCAUUGCAGCUAACGGUAACGGCCAUAUGAAGAACUCAUCUGACAUGGCCAUUUAUGAGCAGUUCAGAAACCAGCAGAAUGGGAGCUCAGGCCUUCCCAAUGGAACUUUAUCCAAUGGAGUCGGUGAAGUGCCGCAGAAGUCCUUGCUCCCUACUUUCGAUUCUGCUGAAACACGAUCUUUAGCUGAAGGUUUGUGCAGGGAUAUUAUUCGUGGGAGCCCAGAUGUUAAGUGGGAGAAUAUCAAGGGGUUAGAGAAUGCAAAGCGCUUACUGAAAGAAGCAGUUGUCAUGCCGAUAAAGUAUCCAAAGUAUUUUACAGGUCUAUUAUCACCAUGGAAAGGCAUCCUUCUUUUUGGUCCUCCAGGGACAGGGAAGACUAUGCUAGCAAAGGCGGUUGCUACGGAAUGUAAAACCACAUUUUUCAAUAUCUCUGCAUCUUCUGUUGUUAGCAAGUGGCGUGGGGACUCUGAGAAGCUAGUAAAGGUCUUAUUUGAGCUUGCUAGACACCAUGCACCAUCAACUAUAUUUAUCGAUGAGAUUGAUGCAAUUAUCAGUCAACGUGGUGAAGGUCGGAGUGAGCAUGAAGCAAGCAGGCGUUUGAAGACCGAGCUGCUGGUUCAGAUGGAUGGAUUGAUGCGAACAAAUGAGCUCGUAUUUGUUCUGGCAGCAACCAAUCUCCCCUGGGAAUUAGAUUCAGCCAUGUUACGCCGGCUUGAAAAGCGUAUCCUUGUGCCUCUUCCCGAGCCGGAAGCAAGAAGAGCCAUGUUUGAAGAACUCCUACCAUCAGGAAGUGACGAGACAGACCUUCCCUACGAUGUCUUGGUCGAUAGGACAGAAGGUUAUUCAGGUUCUGAUAUUCAUUUGGUUUGCAAGGAAGCUGCUAUGCAGCCACUAAGACGUGUCAUGGCUAUCCUUGAAAACAAGGAGGAAAUCGUGCCCGAGGAUGAGCUGCCUCAAGUUGGGCCAAUAUCGGGCGAAGAUAUAGAUACCGCUUUGAAGAACACAAGGCCAUCUGCCCAUCUUCACGCCCACCGGUACGAGAAGUUCAAUGCAGACUAUGGAAGUCAAAUACUCCAAUGAGGGCAUGUAUGCUUAUUAUCUCCUCCUGUUUCUUUCUGGUUUCCACCUUAGAUAUUAUUAUCUUGUGAAGUAGAGUGGCUUGUGGGUACUUACUACUUAGGUGUCCAGAUGAUUUGGUUUGUUUGAUCUCCCGAAACUAUUUGCCCAUUCUAUUUUUCGUUUGAACUCUUAGCUUGUUCUGAAUCGUCAUUCAAGAUUUUCAAGUCGAGUUCCCUUUCCAGAAUUCACAGCAACUAGUCAAAAUUACAGAGUGGAAACGAAGAAGAAUCAUCAUCUGACCUUAACCCAGACAGCAGGGCUAGGAAUGCCAUGGUGGACUAUGAACAACAUAUAGUAACCAGGAGGAGCUACAUUUACAUCUUUCGGCCCGAUGACGUUCAUUUUAAGGCCAAAUCUAGGCUGUCGUUCCACUCCCAGCACAACCAUCCUCUGGUUCAUUCCGAACGAAUGCGUGCUGAACGACGGCGCAAUCAGCACCACGGCCACCGGUUCAUAAGGAUCGGGAAACGGCAGCAUCAACGAAACAGAGAACAUCUCCUGAUACUUCACUGUCCCGUCAAUGGAG